AUGAGGCAGUGGCUUGCAUUUAAAGCCCCCAUUCCGGGAUGGCCACAACAGCCGCACUCUGCGCCAGUCGUCGACACGGCAGGCCAACCCACACAGGCUCAGAACAUCGUGGCAGCAGCCCUGGUGUCCACGGCGCAAGCGGGCAUCCCAAAGGAACCGGUGGACUUUCCCCUACCUCCUGGCUCCGACGAGGAAGGGGACAUGGAUCUGUCCCACACACGCAAAAGGAACCGCGACGAUGACAGCAGCGACGAAGAACAGAUGGCGCUGAAGAAGCUGCCAGUCCCUCUAUCGAGUCCGGAGAACCAUGAUGAGGACAAGGCCAAGAGCAGUGACCUCUCGGCGCAAAGUGGAGGCUCCACGGCCUGCCCACCCACUGCCAGGAGCUUAGAUGGUGCCUCAUCUGCAACCACCGCUUCGACCAGCGAGGCCCACGAGGGUGCCGCUCAGACGGCACCGACUAGCCUCCCGCCCGUCGAAUCAGGUGGUGCAGCUACAGCGGAGGACAGCAGCUCAGACACCACUGCCCUGCUGGCCAGAUCCACCCUGACCGCUACGCAGGACCUUACUGCGUCCGAUGGUGAUGACAUGGAGGAGGACAUCGAGGCUGAAGACUGUGCUGCCAAGCGGAAAGGCACCAAGGCGGCCCCACCAACUGCGGCGGACUUCCUCAAGACUGCAAAAGCGAGAGCCCCGGCUCGAAAGGCCAAAAAGAGAAGUAAGAAGGUCAAGAAGGCGACUCGUCAACAGCAAGCACCUGCAACACAAGGUGCUACUGACAGCCCCUCCUCCCAGCCUCCCUACUCCCCUCCCGCCGGAGCCAAAGCUGCGAACAGCAGCAAAGACACAACUCCCGCUGCCCCUCCCCCACCAGCCGAGGAAUACUUCAAGGAGGUCUGCAGCAAGGCAGCUAGCCGCCGGGCCAGAAAACUCGCGUCUGCUGCACUGCCUGUGGACUCUGCAGUUGUCGGCACGGUGCUCUUCAAGCCAUCUGGCCCAGGGGCUCUUCCCAGGGCUCCCCCCGGCUGA